GAAGAUGUUCAACAAAAACUGUAUGAAGAAAUUCUUACAAUUGGGGACGACAUGAAUUACAACAACUUAACAUACAUGGAUGCUGUUAUCAAAGAAGCGCUCAGACUAUAUCCACCGGUUCCAUUCAUUGGUCGUGUUCUUGGCGAAGAUACGAUUAUCGACAAUGUCAAACUACCAGCUAAAACAAUCAUACAUAUCGUUAUAUUUAUGUUGCAUUGUGAUCCAAAAUACUUUCCUGAUCCAGAAAAAUUUGACCCAAAUAGAUUUAUAAACAAUGAAAUUAAGCACCCAUUUGCCUACGUUCCAUUUUCAGCUGGACAACGUAAUUGUAUAGGUCAAAAGUUUGCAAUGAUGGAAUUGCGUACAGCUGUCGGCGAGAUAAUAAAAAAUUUCAAAUUGGUACCCAUUACGAAACCAGAAGACGUUGUCAUAAUAUCUGAUUUAAUUUUAAGAGCAAGGGAUCCAAUCCGAGUCAAAUUUGUACCGAGAAACUAAUAACAUAAUUUAUUUGCGAAAAAAUAUCGAUUUAAUUAAUUUGUUUCAGAAAAGUAAAUUAUUUUCUAAUAAAAAAAGGAAAAUUCAA